AUAAUUAUGUUAUUACUUUUUUUAGAAAAAAAAUUGUUAUGACAACUAGCUUUAAGAAGAAAACAACUCGUGGCAGACCAAACUUACCAACUGGUACUAAACCAUCCUUGAACAAUAAUCAGCUGCUAAUUAGCACAGGAAUACCGUCUCUCGAUUCCUUAUUAAGUGGAGGCUUGGCAGUUGGAACACUGAUGUUAAUUGAAGAGGAUGUAUAUUAUUCGUAUGCAAACAUCAUGCAGAAAAUGUUUCUUGCAGAAGGUGUAACAUGUGAUCACUAUUUGUUCUUGGCAUCAGCUAAUCAAAAUCCAAACGAUAUUAUUAAAGAGAUACCCACCAAUGUCAACGAAACAGAAUCACCCACCAAAGAAUCGUCUAAGAAAGCCACAGAAGAAGGAUUGCAAAUUGCAUGGCGAUAUCAAAAUAAACCAAAGGUCACGUCAACAGCUAGCACCUCUCAAUUUGGACACUAUUUUGAUUUGUCACAAACACUGUCUGAAGAAAAACGUUCCAAAGUACAGUUUGCAUCUUUCACUCCAGAGUUUGAAGACAAAAUUUCUCUUUAUAGAACAAAAAAAUCGAUGAACACAUUUUACAAAAAAUUACUGCGUUCCAUAAAGAAUACCAUAGACAGAAAGGGAUUAUCGACAGAAAAUUCAACAGUCAUACCUCCAAUACUACGAAUCAGUAUUUCGUCAUUGGGCUCGCCUUUUUGGAAGGAAUCGAUGUUAAGCUCCGACGAGUACGACUCUUCAUUGGCCUGGUUUCUGCUUUCACUUAAAUCGUUGUUGAGAAGGUCAUAUGCCAGUUGCUUGGUUACCGUACCAGCACACCUAAUCCAGGAUGAAAGUUACAUAAACCGUUUGGAACAUUGUUGUGAUACUGUUAUACGGUUGGAAUCAUUCGCUGGAUCAGAAAAAGAACAAAAUCCACUUUACAAGGAAUACCAUGGAUUGUUUCAUUUGAAGAAGCACGCCAAACUUAACUGCAUAUGUGGACAGAACAUCGAUACAUCUGAUUUAGCGUUCAAGCUUAGAAGAAAAAAGUUUGUUAUUGAGAAACUACAUCUUCCUCCAGACAUCUCUGAAACUGCAAGUCGUUCACAAGGAAACACGAGCAGCGUCAAGCCGACCACGCCUUUGUGUAACAUGACGACACCUGUAAAUAAUGUGUUAGAUUUUUGAUGCAAACAUAUAUUUUAAAAACAA